AUGGCUAGGAAGAGAAAAGCUGAAGGACUAACGAAAAUUCAUGAUGCUGCAGCCAUCCUAAACGGAGCUCGAAAGAAAUUUGUUGGAGUUAGACAGAGGCCAUCAGGCAGAUGGGUUGCUGAAAUAAAAGACACCAUACAGAAAAUAAGAGUAUGGCUUGGGACUUUUGACACUGCUGAAGAAGCAGCAAGGGCUUAUGAUGAAGCUGCUUGUUUGCUUCGUGGAGCCAAUACUCGCACGAAUUUCUGGCCUUCUUCUUCUCCUUCAACUUCAGCUCUGCCUCCGAAAAUCACUAAACUUCUUCUCAGAAGACUCAGAGAACGAAAUAAAUCCGUAGCUGCUGCUGCUAAUGAUGACGAUUCGUCCAGUUCUACCUCUCUGGCUGCAAUUGGUCAUCAGCAGCAGAAGCAACAAGAAAAAAUUGGAAACACAGUAGCUGAUUUUUCAGAUUUGUCGUAUACUGAUUAUCUCAAUUACCCUGAAGAUAAUGUAACUGAUAACAACAACGCGAUUGCUAAUGUAAGUGCAAUUACAAGAGAAUUAACAAGCAUAGUGCAAUAUGGCUAUAAUCAGGAAUUUAAUUUUCAGCCUGUGAACAACUAUGAGAGCUUGAGCGCGGAGAUUAUAGAGAUAGGAGAGGCAAUUAAUACUGAUGUUGAAGAUAUAAUAGAGUCAAAUAUUGACUUCCAAUUUCUAAACGAAAUUGGAUCGUGUAACUAUUCACCAUUUGAUUUAGCUGAAGAGCUAUCAAUGGUGGAGACAAUGGAACAGGGGAUGGAUUUUGGGGAAGAAACAUCAAUGGUAAGUGAGGCAAUGAAGAGGAUGAAUUACGAGAGGAAGUUUUCAGCUUCUCUUUAUGCUUUCAAUGGGAUCACAGAAUGUUUAAAGUUGAAGAUGAAAUCUGGAGGCCUAACGCGGUCUGACCAAUUAUCCAGGCUUCAAAAUGCAUGCAAAAGGAACCUCGACAAGGAGAGGGAAAAUGAAAAAUGCAACGUUGGAAUGACUGAGAAUAAGGAUGAAGAGAAUUCAUCGGAAGAAGUAGCAUUUUCGUCGAUGGAGAGUGCUUAUGACAGUGAAUUCUCCCUCUGGAGCUCUAUUGAUCUCCCACCAUUAUGCUUCGUUAGUUGA